CUCCUCGCUCGCCUCGCCGUUCCUGCCGAAACUUAACUUUUCUCCUCGCUCGCCUCGCCGUUCCGCGGAGUACCUCGCCGUUCCGCGGAGUUCCUAGCCUUCGCCUCGGUGUCGCCUCGGUGUUCCUCGGUCUUCCUCGUUCAGUUGCUUGCUUCGUUGCUCCUCGGCGUUCCUCGCCCGCGACGCCGUGCUCCUCGACUCGGUGUUCCUCGGCGCGUCUUCUUAUAUGCUCCCGUGCGCGUCUUCUUUUUUUAUUUUAUUUUAUUUUUUAAAUCCAAGAUUUUCCCUAGCCUUCGCCUCGGUGGAUGGAGCUGCCACUGCGUCCGCCUCCGCCUGAACAGAGUUCAGGACAGGAACAUCCUGCCUCCGCCUCCGCCUGAACAGAGUUCAGGACAGGACAGGAACAUCAUCGGAGAGCAAUGGAAGUGGUUGCUUCGGCUCCUGGAAAGGUCUUGAUCACAGGUCGCUACCUCAUCUUGGAGAGGCCAAAUGCUGGCAUAGUUUUCACCACCACCGCUCGCUUCUAUGCCAUCGUCAAACCGCUGUACGACGAUAUCAAACCUGAUAGUUGGGUCUGGUCAUGGACAGAUGUUAAAGUAACUUCCCCUCAGCUUUCUUGGGAGGCCACAUACAAGUUGUCUCUGAAAAACUCUAUUCUGCAGUGCACUUCUUCAAGGGACUCAGUCAACCCCUUUGUGGAGCAAGCUGUGCAAUAUGCUAUAGCUGCAUCCAAGGUAAUACUCUCUGAAAAGGAAAAGGAUAAAUUACAAAAACUACUUCUACAAGGUCUUGAUAUUACAAUCUUAGGAAGCAAUGAUUUCUACUCUUACAGAAAUCAGAUUGAAGCGCACGGCUUACCUCUGACUCGAGAGUCAUUGGCGUCACUUCCUCCUUUUUCUUCAAUAACAUUUAAUCGAGUGGCUUCUAAUGGAACACUUCCUGGAGAGGAAUGCAAACCUAAGGUUGCAAAAACAGGACUUGGCUCAUCAGCAGCAAUGACCACAUCAGUCGUCAUUAUCAGAUUCUAAAGAUUUGUUCAAGAUUUGCUGAGGUUGUGCUUAAGCUUUUACAAUCAUAGCAUCGAUGACUGCCCACACUUGAUCUUGGCAUUCAAGAAUUGGUUCCGACGAGCAAAUAGGCUGGCUACCAAUGAUGACAUUGUAGGUUGAGAAAAUAGUAGAUGUUGAUAUUAUGAAUCAUUCAAAUGAAAUACCUUUUUGUUCGAAAUUUAUGUAUGUUGUAUAUGAUCCUUUCUCAAGAAACUAAAGAGACAUAAAUACAGUA